UCAUUUUAGAAACUUAAAACCUUGAGGGGGAUUUAGUGAUUACCCAUUGCAUUACGAUAAGAAGAGAAUUCAAACCACUAGAUCUCAGAUUCCCCAUUUCAGCUGCUCGUUUAUUCCGCUUCACCAUGGGGCAGAUCUUAGACAAAUUUCACGGUAAGCAAUGGAGAAAGAAACAAAUAAGAUUGAUAACAGAUAAGGUUUAUGAUCGCAUAAAAAAUCAAACUGGAAGUGCUAAUUUGACAUUUGAAGAUUUAUAUAUUGCUGUCCUCCUUGUGUACAAUGACAUUAAUAAGCGAUUACCAGGCCCCCAUUUUGAUCCGCCUUCAAAACAGCAAGUCAGAGCUAUGAUGCAGGACUGUGAUAUGAAUCUUGAUGGUGAACUUGAUCAUGAAGAAUUUGUGAACUUUAUUCUCCAGCUAACAUCAGAAACGCUCGUUGUUGUCAGUCAGGGACUCAUAAUUACGUUGGUUGUAGCACCAACUGUAGCAAUUGCGACAAAGAGGGCUACAGAGGGAGUGCCAGGCGUUGGAAAGGUAGUGCAAAGGCUGCCCAAUUCAAUUUAUGCAUCAUUAGUGACUCUUGCAGUAGUCAUGUUCCAAAAUGCUCACCACCAGAUUGAAUAGAUCCUUCACUACCCUUUCAGCGGUUAAAUCAUAUCACGUAUUGUACAUAAGAUAUCUUGUAUUCAGCUAUCAGUAGAAGUAAGCUGCUGGUUUUAUAAAUAAUUUGCAGCACUUAAAUAACUUGGACUAUAGCAGAUCCAGAACUCUUUUAGUAUAGCUAAGGUCUGUUGGCUUUUAAUGUUUUCUUCAUCCUCUGUAAUGAACUUUGGUUCAUGCAAUUGAUGUUUCUGGCUUUUGGAAUGUUCAGAUUAAUGUAAGAAUGCAUAGGACUGGCUAUAUAGCCUUGGAUAAUCAGUUACUCAUUUAUCUGAUUUUGAUUGCUAGUGGAAAAA